AUUUAAAUUUGAAAGUUUGAAUUUGAUUAUAGAAUACUUGGUUCGAAUUUGCUGCAAAAAUGUGACGGUUAAAAGUUAAACGGAAAUAAAUAUGGCGAUGGAUAUGAAGGGAUACUUUGGUGUAUAUAGGGGUCGGACGGACUCAGGGUGCAGAACCUGUCAACUUAAUGAAGUGUUGUCGAUAAACGAUUGGAAAUUAAAUCAAGAGCUGCAGCAGUACAACAUCGAUUUAGUAGAAAGCUCACGGGAUGAAAUUUACGAACUCCAGCAACAUAAUGAGUACUUACAGAAAGUAUGUCAACAUCGUACAAGUUUGCAAAAUUGUAAUUGGAAUCGUGACCAAAGACUUACGCAGAAGUCCAACCCGGUUCAUAAUUACCAUGAUCAAUAUCCCAAAUACCGAUUGGAAGAACUCCAACUUAAUAAUGAAAAGCAAACAAAUGAAGAACUAACUUGCAUUAUUUUGGAUCUCAAGAGAAAGCUUCAACAACAAGAAAGAGAUAACAAAAUAAGUAAUGGACUUGAUGAAGAAAUAAGUCGACUGAGAAAAGAACUUGAAAAUUGCAAAAACAAUCUAGAAAUACAGGAAAGUGUGAAACCGUUGGAAAAUGAGAAUAAACUGUAUACUGAAGAAGAACAAAAUGAACUCGCACUGGCGAAUGAAACGAUACACAAAAUGCAGGCAAAAAUAGAAGCACUAACGAUCGAGUUGGCGUCGAAAAAGGACGAAGACGUUGAUACUGGCAAUGAAACUAAACAAUUAUCUGAACAUAGCAAUUUGCUCAAUAAACAAAAUCAUGACCUCUCCAAAAUGUUACAACACCAAGAAAAAGAAAAGUUUGACUCGGUUAUGCUCAAUAAUGAACGUUUGGAGAAAGAAUUAGAAGAAAUGAUAAAUCAACACCAGAAAUUGAAAGAUGAAUCGAAAACACUGAGAUCAGAACUACACUCGGAACAAGAUCAAAAUGCUGAUUUGCAAAGAAAAAUAGCUACUAUGAGCCAGGAAAAAGAUCUGUGUAAGGCACGUCUUAAAAUUGAAACAGUCGAACAAAGUCAGAAAAGUAACAACAUGCGAAGUUUACAUGACGAAAUAAUUCAACACAAAGCAGCUGUUGAUGCGUUAGCAGCUAAAAAUGAACACUUAAAAACACAAAUUCUAAAGGCAAAUGCUGAAUUGAAAGAGCUUCAGAAUAAAAAUGAUCAGUAUAAUAACACACUGCAGAAUAGAAGUGAAGAGUUACAUUUGAUUAAACAAGAAAAUGAUAAUAACAAAAAGCACAUAGCCACACUUAAACGGGAAAACGAAACACUGAAAGAAGAGCUAGGAACUCGGAUGUACACUCAAAAGCAACCAGGAAGGAUCUCAAGUCAAAACGCAAAUCUUGAGCGUGAGCUCGAAAAGACACGACAUGAACUGCUAGAGGUCAGACAUGACCUUGAGGAUGCAAAAACAAGGUUAAGCAAAGUGAUGGGUCAGAAGCUUACCGACAACAAUCCUAAUAUUGCUGACCUCAGUGAUAAAAACCGGCCUACAAAACUGGCUGAGCGUUACUCGGAGUUGUAUGACAACCAAUGGACAGAUGCCUUCGAGAUCGUUAACAAUCAGUUACACGACGAGAAGUCUACAAUAGAUUCACUAUCUAACAUUUUGCUGAGUGCCGCCGAUUUCUGUCAAAUGGAAUCUGAAGCACAGAUGACAGCUUUAAAAGAAAUACUGAUUCAAAAUCGGGCUGGAUCAAAUUUCCCGUCACUUGUUCAGAAGAAUUUGAAGGACUGUCGAAAGGCGUUAGGAGACCAAACUGGUGCUGCCCUUUAUGAGAAAUACAUCGACAAAAUGGCAAGUCAGCACCCGAAACCCCUCCAGUUGCAAGUUAAACCCUUCGUCAAGGAGUGCAUUGAGCUGUGCUGGUUGAUGAGCAUCCAAGACCCACCCGUUGUUAUUGACACCAAAGUAGAACACGGAACCAGGUUUGACACGGACUUCUACAAGGCGUACACCAAAAGCGGUCCCCUUGUCGACUUUAUGGUCUGGCCCGCCCUGUGUCUUCAUGUGAAAGGGGCUUUACUCUGCAAAGGAAUUGCACAGGGGUAUGAUGGGAAGAGGAUAUAAUUAAACAUGUUCAACUGAUUAGCAUCGCUUAUGUUUCAACUAUCUAGACAGUGGUUUUUCUUGUGUGGCAUAUAUCAAUUACAAUUUAUACUCUCUGCAUACGUACCCUAUCCUUUGAAAAAUUUGUUUGUGUUUUAUAAGUUUGUACAUAAUAUAUAUUUGUGAACAUAUCAAUUGUUAUCAACUGCAUUGGAUGUGCUGUUUGAAUCAGGUUUAUUUUUGAGUAAAAUCGAACAAUUAUUUGUUUUAAUAAGAUUUGAAUAUACAUUCCUUUUUCGUGUCAGACUGUGUACAGUUUAAUGCGUUGUCUUCGUGUGUUUUCAUGUUGUAUUGCUUUUUUGAAAGUGUUUGUAUCAUGUAUUGUUUUAUGAUAAUCAAAAAAUAAAAAUAAUGUA